AUGCAGGUAUGUGGUGGUUAUGUCUGCUUCUUAGUGCUUCUGACUAAUGCUUGUGUACAGGCUGGAGAUAUGGACAUCAAGGACACUAGUGAUGAAAUGGCCAUGGAAUUACGAAUGAGAGAAGCAAAAGAAACCAAGAGUGUACUACACCGUUUAGACAUUCGAAACGACGGAGGAGAGCAAGAGAGACAUUACCAUUGCUUUGAAUAUAUGGAGACAUUGAAAGAGGUACUACCGGUUGUGCGACAAAGAUGCGAAGCCUUAUUGAAGCAACGGAACACGCUUGCGGAAAAGAUCAACAAACUAAGAGAGUCGUUAGAUCUCUCCACCUACACCACGAAGAGUGAUCCUGAUGACAAUGAUGUGAAGACGGCAAACUCGUUUUCAUUGGAGGCGUUGGAGUAUUCGAAUGUGUCAACGUGUUCUCCUUUGCCAUCACAAGUCGGUCCUCAUCUAUGA